AGGCUCUGUGUGCAGUGACUCUGGAGAGAGAUUGUGCUCUGUGGGAGAGGACUCAGCUCCAAGGCAAGCUGGAGAACCUAGAGCAGGUGCUGAAGCAUAUGCGCGAGGCUGCUGAGAGGCGGCAGCAGUUAGAGUUGGAACAUGAACAGGCCCUGGCCGUCCUCAGUGCCAAGCAGCAGGAGAUCGACCUUCUGCAGAAGGCUCAGGUUGAGGCAAAGAAGGAACAUGAAGGUGCUGUACAUUUGUUAGAGGCGAAGGUGAGGGAGCUGGAGGAACGAUGUCGGGCGCAAAGCGAGCAGUUCAACAUGCUGUCGAAGGAGCUGGAGCGUUUCAGGCUGCAGGCUGGGAAGUUGGAUUUGCUCGGCUCCGGACAGCUGACGGGAGGAGACUCGCCCGAGUCGCCCAGCAAAACAUCUUCGCUAAGUUCGCUCCUCAAUGGCCUGGGCAAGGGAACCGAAGGCUCCUUGAGCAAGUCUGUGAUCUCGGAGUUCAUUCGACCUCUGCAGAUGAGCGCCGGAGAGAAGGCGGAGCUGCUGUCCAUCAAACCCAGCUUCCUGUCGCGGAGCACGCCCUCCAGUCCCCGGCGAACCUGUCUCUCCGAGAUGGAGAGAGAGCUGAACCUGUCUCCUCGUGCCAAGCCCAGGUACACGGGAAAGGUCCGGCUGUGUGUCGCCCGCUAUAAUUAUAAUCCGUACGACGGCCCUAAUGAGCAUCCUGAGGCUGAGCUCCCCCUGGUGGCAGGGAAGUAUCUUUACGUUUACGGGACCAUGGAUGAAGACGGCUUCUAUGAAGGGGAGCUGCUGGAUGGCCAGCAGGGCCUCGUCCCAUCCAACUUUGUUGAAUUCGCCCAUGAUGACAACUUCGGCUCGACCUCGAAAGAACCGUCCUACCUCAACUUCACCUUCAACCACAGCAGCAGCUCGGCCAUGGGCAUGGGCAUCGACCUGGGCGUCAUGGGUCCCAGCUUGGCCGGCGAGCCCCUGGCGCCAUGUGCCACAAGCUCAGGCACGGCCAUGCUGGAUGUGAGCGUGGAUGAGGUCGGAGAAGACGUAGUGCCUUACCCACGGCGCCUGACGCUCAUCAAACAGCUUGCAAAGAGCGUGAUCUUGAGCUGGGAGUCUCCUCUGGUGCCACCCGCCUGGGGAUGCAUCAGCGGCUACAGCGUGCUGGUGGACCAGGAGGUGCGUGCCAGCGUGCCAUGCACUGCUCGCAGCAAGUUUCUAGUGGAGAAGCUGAACCUGACGUCGCGCGCACACCGGAUUUCUGUGCAGAGCAUAACGGAGCGCGGUGUCUCGGACCCGCUGCGGUGCACCCUGAUGGUCGGGAAGGACGUGACGGUGGCGCCGUGCCAGCUCCGCGUCGACAAGGUGGCUCAGAACUCGGCCGAGCUCUCCUGGAUGCCCAGCGACAGCAACUACAGCCACACUGUCUUCCUCGACGGAACCGAGUACGACGUGGUCAAACCGGGAGGGUACAAGUACCGCUUUUACAACCUCAAACCAAUGACUGUGUACAAGGUGCGCGUGGUGGCAAGGCCGCAUCAGGUGCCCUGGCACUUAUCUUUAGAGCAGAGAGAGAAGAUAGAGAUCAUGGGGGAGUUCUGCACGCAGACUGCUGGUCCACCGUUCCCUCCUCAAGAUGUCCAGGUGCAUUGUGGGACAUCGCCGGGGGUGCUGCAGGUGCGCUGGAAACCCCCUCCUCUCACACCAAGCGGCACCUCCAACGGUGCCACCGUCAUGGGCUAUGCGGUCUGCACCAAAGGUCAAAAGAUCGCGGAAGUGAUGUUCCCUACGGCAGAAUACGUGACAGUCGAGCUGAAUCGUAUCCAGGGUCUGGAAGCGCGCGAAGUCAUCGUGCGCACCAUCUCAGCUCAAGGCGAGUCGCAAGACUCCAACGCUGCCUCUAUCCCACACAACCUACUGCCACCUCCGUCUCAACCUCGCCCUCACCCGCCGCCCUUUCCCCCGCCCUAUCCACAGAGCUUCCCACAGCCACCACCGACACCGACACCCCACACACAGCCACCCCCUCCGCACCCUCAACCCCAUAUCGCACCUCCACCCACUGUUCAGCCGUUCCCCAAACCCAAACUCCUCCCAAGUGCCCAAGAUACCCAUGCCAAAGAGCCAGACGUAGGCAGGAGGCCGUGCCAGCCAUGGGAGCCUCACCAGCGAGCCCCAUCGCCCCUGCCGCCCCCGACCGGCCUGGAACCACCAAUACCGCCGCCGCAUGUGACCCAGAGGAUCCUGCCGCAGCCUCAGGGAGCGCCGAUCUCCAACACGGUGGCGCGCGCCAUGGCGAGGCAGGCGGCCCAGAGACACGGCGCCAACCACAAGCCGGAGAGAAGGAACGUCUUCAGCGAGAGGAAUAAUACUCCUCACUCGGACGAGGAGGACGAUGUUUACGACUCGGCCCACGCCAGGCGGAGAGGAGCCUCGGUGGACGACUUUCUCAGGGGCUCUGAAAUGAGCAGACAUCCCCACCACUACUCCCACAGCGAGGAGUACUACACGGAGAGCAGCCGAGGUUCGGAUCUGUCCGACAUCAUGGAGGAGGACGAGGAGGAGCUCUACUGCGAGAUGCAGCUGGAGGAAGGCCGCCGGCGGAGCAUCAGUUCACACAACAGCCUCAAGAUUUUAGGGAACUCCUCCUCCAUGGGACGCUCGGAUCGACCGGAUCAAUCCAGCCGCCGGAUGGGUCACGGAUGCCCCCCGCCUCAGAGAAGGCCCAUGAUGGUUCCUUCCAUUGGUAGUUACAGAGGACGGGACAGACGAUCACCUGACUACUUCGAUGAAUCGGGGCCGGACAACUUGCCGAGGAUUUUUGUAGCUCUGUUCGACUACGAUCCCCAGUCCAUGUCCCCGAAUCCUGACGCCGCAGUGGAGGAGCUUCCCUUUAAAGAGGGCCAGAUCAUAAAGGUGUUUGGAGAAAAGGACACAGACGGCUUCUACAGAGCGGAAGUCAGUGGCAGGAGAGGCCUCGUCCCCUGCAACAUGAUAUCCGAGAUCGAGACAGAGGACGGUGAGAUGAUGGACCAGCUUCUUCAACAGGGCUUCCUACCACUGAACACCCCAGUCGAAAAAAUCGAGAGGAACAGGAGGAGCGGACGGCACCCGAUGUCCACGCGCCGGAUGGUGGCUCUGUAUGACUACGACCCCAGAGAGAGCUCGCCCAAUGUAGAUGUAGAGGCCGAGCUGACCUUCUGUGCCGGAGACGUGAUAACAGUAUUUGGGGAAAUCGACGAAGACGGGUUUCAUUAUGGCGAGCUGAACGGGCACAGAGGUCUGGUGCCCUCCAACUUUCUGGAAGAAGUGCCUGACGAUGUGGAGGUUUUCCUCACCGAGCCACAGGAUCACCCAGGCAGGACCAAGAGCAAAAGGAAGAAGAGCGUUCAUUUCACUCCGUAACGGCUCUGUGCGCCUCACGUAAGUGAGCGACUGAUGAUACCGAGACUAACGCUGCCCUCGUCUAAUGCAGGUGACAUGGGUAGCCUUUAACAUUAACCCCGCUGACAAAGGGGUGCACACACACACACAC